UACACGAGUCUAUGGAAAAAGCUCAGCGAAGACUUAAUGUUAUGCUAGAAUCAAUUGUCUGAAACUUCCAGAAAUGAAGGAAAAGUCCAAGAACGCGGCGAAGACGCGGAGAGAAAACGAGAACGGAGAGUUUUAUGAGCUGGCCAAACUACUGCCUCUGCCGGCGGCCAUCACCUCCCAGCUGGACAAGGCCUCCAUCAUCAGGCUGACCAGCAGCUACCUCAAGAUGAGGGCAGUCUUCCCCGACGGUGUGGGUGAUGGAUGGGGUCAGUCAAGGUUCACGCCUUUGGACAGCAUGGCUAAAGAACUGGGUUCCCACCUCUUACAAACUCUGGAUGGCUUCGUGUUUGUUGUUGCCUCUGAUGGCAAAAUCAUGUACAUUUCUGAAACAGCAUCAGUCCACCUUGGACUGUCCCAGGUGGAGCUAACAGGAAACAGUAUUUUUGAGUACAUCCACCCAUCAGACCACGAUGAGAUGACCGCAGUGCUAGGUCUCCACCAGCACCCACACCAUCACUUUUCUCCAGAUUAUGAAAUAGAGCGCUCCUUCUUCUUGAGGAUGAAGUGUGUUCUUGCUAAACGAAAUGCAGGACUGACAUGUGGAGGAUAUAAGGUCAUCCACUGCAGUGGCUACCUAAAAGUACGUCAGUACAUCAUGGACAUGCCACGGUAUGAAUCCUGUUAUCAGACUGUGGGUCUGGUGGCUGUGGGACACUCCCUGCCUCCUAGCGGCGUCACCGAGAUUAAACUCCACAGCAACAUGUUCAUGUUCCGGGCCAGCCUGGACUUUAAACUCAUCUUCUUGGACUCGAGGGUGGCAGAGCUGACAGGCUAUGAGCCUCAGGACCUGAUAGAGAAGACCCUCUACCACCACGUCCAUGCCUGUGACAUUUUCCAUCUACGCUAUGCUCACCAUUUAUUACUGGUGAAGGGGCAGGUCACCACUAAGUACUACCGCAUGUUGUCAAAACAUGGAGGUUGGGUGUGGGUGCAGAGCUACGCCACCAUUGUCCACAACAGCCGCUCCUCCAGACCUCACUGUAUUGUCAGUGUGAACUACGUCCUCACUGAAAUCGAGUGCAAGGAGCUGCAGUUAUCAGAAGACCAGAGUCAAGUCACUAAGCCUGAUGUCAGUCUUACUUCCUCUCAGGACCACCGCAAACAACUGAGGACCAAAGCAGUCAAGCUGAAGACCAAACUCAGAGCAGCUCCUUAUCCUCAACAGGCAAGUAGCCUCUUACAGCCGGACCUCUCCGCCUGCUCCUGGGAGCAUAACUCCAGUACAAGCCCUGAGGCAGGCCAGGUGUCCUGCAGCCCCACCUACAAUUUGACCCUCCACUACCCUUUCAACUUCCGGCGUCAGGAUUCUCAGAGCCGGUCACACAGCUCAUUGCCCUCCUCUCAACUGGCUCAGCAGAUCAUCAGCUCCCUGCACAGCAGAGGGCCAGUUGGAUGGAACCUUGCCAGUCCAGUGAGCCAGGAUAACCCCCCAGCAUUCAACAAAUACACAGGCCCUGUGCUGACAGCUGACCCUAAGUACCCUGAUGAGAUCUACCAUGAUUGCGCCAGCAGUACAAACCCACAUUCUACUAGCAGGCUGAAGGAACCCAACCAACAUUACACACUUGUUCACAGCAAGGAGUCUGAGGUCUAUCCACACCCCUGUCCUCAUGCCACUAAGGGCACGAAGUCUUUAAGCCAGGACAGCCAAAACAGUACAAGAGGUGAUGAAGUACCCCACGGGGCCUGCCCUUUGCUCAGUGGCAUGGUAGAGGGUAAAGGUGAACAGGGUGGAUCGCUGUGUGGCAUGGGUCAGCCUCUCCCUGUACAGAUGGUCUUGGAGCAGAGGAGAAUGCUGUACAUGAUGGAGGCUCCCUACAGCCACCCAGCUGCAGAGUACCUACAACCUGCAGAUGGCCACCAGCAGCAUGGAACUGCUAUGGAACUGGAGCCCAGGUCUGCUGAGAAUGACAGGAAAAUGUGGAUAGGUAUGGGGGCUAGGGUGGGACUUCCAGCCCAAGCUCCAUAUAUAUCUUUGAACUUUCAUCAAGUCUUGGGCAAACACAAUUCUAUUAAAGCCCCCCCUUUUACCACCCUGACCCAUAUGACAGACUCCAGUUACUAUGGUAAAGAGACAGCAUCUUACAGCUGUAACAACCAAAGCCCUGGGUCCAGCUCAUCCCCUGAGAGCCACAGAGAGAUCCCACAUUACAUCGGCACAUCUGUCAUCAUCACAAAUAAGAGGUGACCCAGAACAGAGGCUCAAGAGACUUUUAAGUCAUAACUGUGAUUCCUUCCAAGACUCCAGCCAGGGUCAUUUUUCUUAGACACAUUCUUUUUGCACUCCUGAUAUUUUGACAUUCAAUAGGUCGAUACAGUUGUAAGCAUUUUUUCUCCCAUGUUGUCCAUCAUAUGAAAGAUCAGCCUGAACAUGCUCUGUAGAAUAUACUAUAUACAUAUCUAGAUAUACUAAUCAGAAAAAUGAGCAGCUUUCACAAGAAUUUUUCAAAACUUUUUUUUUGUAUUAUUCUACUCAAACCUAGAGCCUAAACAUUACAUAUAAUGUGAACCUAAUUUUGUACUAAAAAAUAGCUUUUAUAUAACAUUUUAAUUUGUAAUACCUUGUCUAACUUGGUGGUGAAUAUCUGAAGUGUUCAUAUUGAGUAAAAUGUGUGCAGGUAUUAGGCCUUGUUCAGACUUCCAACCCAAAUCUGUUUUUUGUCAUAUCCAGACUGUAUUCAGAUUGAUUUUAGAAAGUCUAGACAGCAAAAAAAAACAAAUGAAGUGCAUUUUUUUGC